AUGGUAAAUAAAGUCAAUUGGAAUCAAGAACUGAGUCGAGUAUCACUUCCCCUCUUAAGAAGAAACAAGAAGUACCUAGCAACAGCUAGAAGAGCUAGUGCAGCUGGAAGAAACGAGAAGUCCCUAGCACCCGCUAGAAGAGCUAGUGCAGCUGGAAGAAACGAGAAGUCCCUAGCACCCGCUAGAAGAGCUAGUGCAGCUGGAAGAAAUGAGAAAUCCCUAGCACCCGCUAGAAGAGCUAGUGCAGCUGGAAGAAACGAGAAGUCCCUAGCACCCGCUAGAAGAGCUAGUGCAGCUGGAAGAAACGAGACAUCCCUAUCACCCGCUAGAAGAGCUAGUGCAGCUGGAAGAAAUGAGAAGUCCCUAGCACCCGCUAGAAGAGCUAGUGUAGUUGGAAGAAACUAG